AUGGCGGACAAGAAAGGCAACUUCUGGGUAAGUGGAAUUUCUCUAAAUGAAAGGACAUUUGCUUCAAGACUUCCGACUAGGAAUUAGGGAAGUUAAAGCUGAAUGGCAGACCCGAGCGCUGCAAAUUACUGCUAAAAUUAUGAUAGGACAUCUAACGAAAUAGUUGGCAUCGAAAGUUUUGCAGGCAAUCGCAAUUCCUAAAAAAUGUACUGGAGAUUAUGGCCAUUUCUGUUGAUUUUUUUUACAUACUUUUAGGUUAUAUUUUCCAAGCCCGAUCGGAGAAUGAUAUGCCAUGCUUUUGACAUAAAAAUUAACCACAAAAUAACAAUACUAUAGUGAAAUUUUGACUCACGAUGACUUUCAGCUUGUCUCUGAACAGGACAGUUUUCCGAAGUACACACUCGUAGUUCCAAUUGCCCUUCCUUCAUGUUGGCCUAAAUCAUACAGAGAUAAAAACGCCGUAAAUACGUGUAAGGGACAAGAUGAAGGUUAUACAAUUUAAACAUUAUAAGAGAAUUACGAGCAAAGAAAAAAUCAAAACGUCUUCACAUGGAUACGAUAGAAUUUAAGCUACAGCAUAUGCGCAUAGGAUCGUUUUUUCAACUGAUAUUCGGGGAAAAGAGUUAACCUGCAACAUUAUGGAAGCGACUCUGAGUAAAACCUUUUAUGUCAUUUGCAUUUAAGUAUUACAGAAAUUCCGAAAUACACUACAGCAGUGACAGCAGUGAAAGCAGAGGCAGCAGUGGGGAGGAUAAUGACUCUCUAGUGUCAUCUCUCGAUCAUGGAGACAGGGAAAUUACUCAGGAAACUGUUCAGGUAUAACCAUCGCAUAUACAUAUGUGGCGGAUUUUGUACUAUUUCUCUUUUUUAUUCUUAUUUACCAAAAACCAAAUUGGAGGGUUAUUAAAAUAAGCAACUUCACUUCAAAUGUUCCUUUCUCACCAUCUCAACUAAAGGCACCCUCCACAGCAGUUACCCUGGAUUUUCAGGAUAUGCCUCCAAGCAGGUAAGGAAAAUACUUUUGGAAUGCAAUCGUACACAAUUAUUCAUUGUCUUUUUGUUGUUUGAUUGUCAAUUGAAUCUUCAUAUUUAAGCUGAAGAAACUGACCUGUUAAUUAGUAUGAUAAAUCAUUUCAUAACUAACUUUUAAUUUGGUAUCUAUUGUUCAGAAAUGUAUUUCUUAAUGAUAAGAUAUUUAAACAACACAGCCUUCAACCAUUGAUAUUUUCAGAAGUACUCAAGGAGGUUCAAAUGCUAAAGGAAAUGUCAUCCAGCCGGUAGAAGUAAGUUCUGCUAUCUUGAGGCAUAAAUCAUCUAUUUCUUUUCAAAACUUUUCAUAAUAGGUGCACAAUAAGGAACGGUUAACAUCAUAAGGAGGCCACAUUAACCAUAUGACAACGGGGGAAAUCAAAUCUUUGGUUUGUAAGAUGCAUGUAGAAGUUUAAACAACUUUUGCUAAAACAGCUUCAACUACUAAGUAUAUGUCUGUUUGCAUUUUUUUCAGCUCGUGCCCAGGAAACAACCUCGAGUGAAACAAGAGUAAGUACUAAUUUCCUGAUUGCCAUCACGAAGUUUCUUAACCCUGUGACUCCCAUGAGUGACUGAGACAGAAUUUCUCCUUAUGCUAUCACUCCAAUAUCAACCAGAAAAGUGAUGCGAAUAAAGAAAAAUAUUACUUUGGGAUAAUUAGUUGAUCCAGUACUAAAUUCUCUGAUCUAACAUUUUAAGAAUUGUAUGGUUACCAGUAAGGAGAAUUACGAUUUUGAUCUGGAAAUUAAAGGGUUAAUCACAACCAACUUUAUGUGGCAAGUUGUCUGAAACAAGAGUAAAUUACGAAAGUCCUAAAACUAAUAAUAACAACAUGUAGUUUCUUUAUCUCUUUGUAAGUUUAUUUAUUCAUUUAUUUUUCAGGGCAGACAUAAUAAGGAAGUACGUAAAGGUAUGAAAACCUAUAAAUUUUGUCCUAAGUGACAACAAAAUUUCCUUUAGUUCAGAUGACGGAGACAACAUUUGAAUGAAUACAGAUGAACUCCAGUCCUUAAUCACUGCAACUGCAACAAACAGUUUGAGUAUCGCUUUUGCCCGUUUGGCUCUCGAUGGCAAUUGUUGACACGCAGGAGGCAACAACAGCACUGACACUUCCAAAUUAACGGUUAUAUUGGCUUGCACCUAAAGACAAGUACUCUAAGAAAAUAAUAACAAGAAAUUACCAAAACAAAAAGCCAAAGAAAAGAGAGAAACUCGUUUAGGGAGUGGUGUCCCUCAAAAUCGAAGAAAGACUUCCAGCGUAAUGGUGAGAGGGAUAUUUUUAUGUAAGAAACAUAAUUGGACUUUAACAAACUCUUACUGGCUCGCACUUACAAACAACCGUACGAGUGAAAAACAAAACAAAGCGAAAGAAAAAAAAAACAAAAAAAAAACCAAAUAAUUAACAAAGAUACUUUUAAUUCAAAUAAUAAAAGAAAAACAAGAAAAUAGAACUUUCACUUGUACAUAAUAUCGUAGUGCAGCUACAGCUCCACCUUAUUUUCUACCUAAGCACCGAAAUAGUGAUUCUAACUCCUGUUCUCAUCCCUUGAUUUUUUUAGGGAUCAAGCGGAGCACUUGUCAACGACCAACCAAAGUUUGAACAGUUCACAAUUGGUCUUCUGCUGGCUGUGUGCACGAUACUUGUCAUAAUAUUGUUUUUCAUGGCAGUGUACAUGCAUAUGUACAUGAAGGAGAAGUAGUAUCUAUUAAGAUAACCAUAUUUAUAAAAAUAUAAAUUAGAAUUUCUGUUUAUUUGAGGUGAAAAGCUG